CAGAGCGCAUGGACAUGCGGAGAGAUGAAGGUGGACAUGUCAAUAGACACAGAUGUAAAUGUGACAGCGACGGCGGGAAGACGUCUGCAAUCAGAGAAUGACACUGCAAGCAAAGUUGGCGUAUACUUUAUUUCAUAGCAGUAAACAAUUAUUUGAUACUCUAAUUAAGUAUCUAGUUUAUAACCUUGAAUCAUAAUCUUAGGCCCAUCGCGCGAUUUCCAAAAUGCCUUCUGUUCAGAACCAACAAGCCAAUGGACUAACGCUCUCCGACACUACUAUGGGAUCAUUUAAGAGGAGGAAAAGGAAGUCCAUAAUGGUCACAGUGAUGCUGCUCAUUGUAUCUGUCCUCAUCCUUAUAUUUGGACUUGCUGCCACCACCAGGACACAGAACAUUACAGUGGGCGGCUAUUACCCUGGAGUCAUACUGGGCUUUGGCUCCUUUCUGGGAAUCAUCGGGGCCCAUUUGAUAGAAAAUAAGAGGCAGAUGCUGGUGGCUUCCAUAGUGUUCAUCAGUUUUGGAGUGGUAGCUGCCUUUUGCUGUGCCAUUGUAGAUGGGGUUUUUGCUGCAAGACACAUCGAUCUCCGGCCCCUGAAUGCUGGUCGCUGUGACUACCAUUCCAGUGAGACUUCAUCGGAACUGGAUGUUCCAUGCCAAACAUCAUCACGUGUAUCUUGUAACCUGCGUGUGAAAAGCAAAACCUGUUACUGCUGUGACCUCUACAACUGUGGGAAAGAUCAUCCUUUUAUGGUACCUCAGAAUAAAGAUGUUUUGAAAAAGUUCAGGAAAACGUCCAUGAUUUGGAACCGUGUGGAGCUGAUGGGGGGCUACCAUGAGUACACGGAGGUGAGGAGCUGUGAGGACGUGGUGCACCUCUACCACCUGCUGUGGUCCGCCACCAUCCUCAACAUCGUUGCUCUCUUCCUGGGCAUCAUCACAGCAGCUGUGCUGGGGGGCUUCAAAGACAUGAUCCCUGUCCCAGAUUCAUGUGAACCUGAGGCCAUCCCAGCUCCUGUCCGGCCAGAGGACUCGAAUCCCAGCACCUCGCUCACCUCCUACUACAACACUGCCCCCUGCCUGCCACCUUACACUGCAUACGACCUGCAGGGUUCCGCCAUGUUUCCCGACUCCUCGGGCCUCUCUGAUGACUCCCAGUCUGGAGCUAGCCACAUGUGGCCCACCAUGAUCCCCCCACGCUACUCCCCCCCCUACUACCCCCCUGAUGAGAAGCCCCCUCCAUACAGCCCCUAGGCUGGGGGCUGCCUCCCCCAAUCCCUUGCCCUGUUGCCAGACACCAAGGCACCAUGGGCAUUGAUAAUGGGUGCUACUGGACCCCUGGAUCAUCGAUCUCAAAGGGAACUACUAUCUGGCACUUCGGAGGACUGCUCCUGAGAAGCGAGCUGAGAGCAGUGUGGUUGUUGUUGUUGUGUACAGAGACAAGGAAAGACAAAGAGCAUGAGUCGGUGGUGUGACUAGCAGUGAGUACAGUUCAUUAGAGCCAAGUCAAGGAGGAAGACUGCGAGGACACCCUUAUCCUAUUUAGGCUAUUUGAAUACAGUUCUGCCCUUGGUAGAAGGCAUAACAAGUGUCAUCUUUGGUAUGCACACACCCUCCCCUCAGCAUAAUCUCUCCUAAAUGAGACAAGCUCUUGAGAUGGAACUGUUACGGAUCUGCCUUAAUAUCUGUGGACUUCCAGAGCUCUACCAGUCUGUCAUCACCAUCUGAUGCCUGAUCUCUCCAUAGACAAUCCUUUCCUGUUGUUUCAUGCCUCCCUAUGUUUGAUCUGCCUCAGCACAUGGAUAACUUCCUGUCCUAACUGGCUGUACAGUCCCUAUUGUAUUCACUGGCAUUCCGCAAGUGGCAUGACUGGUGUGAGGAGGGUAGUUAGAUAUGUCUUGUUUGUGAAUGAAUAGCACGAGUACUGUACUCAACUUGUAUGAACACUAUGUUAGCCUACUUGCGAGUAUUUGCUUGUCUUCUCGUACUUCAAUUUGGGGCAUCUAGAUCUCAAUAACUGUACAGAGAUGUCUAGUGUUUUCCCCUGUAGGACUAAAAGCUUACCGGCUGUGAUUAACAGCACAUGAUCACAAUACAUUCAAUGUUAGCCGUGAUAAAACGGUUUCAUACUUAAAAUAACCUGUAUAAAAGUCAACAAUAUCUCAGUGUAAUGAAAACAGAACCUAUGUGAAACAUGGUUCCUUUAUCUCUUAAUUUAUGGCUCAUUCUAGUGUUACUUAGUAUUUUAUUCUCAAGAAUGUGAGCAGGGUUAACACAUAUUACAAACUGAGCUGUUUUUUUUAUGGGAAAACAUGGUCUACAGUGCAAACUAUCAUUGUACUCUCUAGAUGUCAGCACAGCUACUGCAAAAGCUGCACAGGGAGUUUGCUCUCAUUAUCGUCUCCCUCUAGGUAGAAUGUGAUAUUACCCUUACAGUAUAUACACAGAAUGCUAUGUUGAGUGUUAAAGUCUUAGUCACAGAAGCCCAUCUCCAAGUGAUAUGCAACCUCAGUAAUACCCAAUUGAUUUUGUCAGCUCUAUCACUUACUGUUUACAUUCAAUUAUUUGAUCAUCACUUCCUCAGGGGCUGAAGAAGGACUUUGGCUGACUUAAGUCUGUG